CUGAAAAUGCGCAAAUAAAGAUAAUGGAGGUGGAUCUGAAUCUAACGCCGCCGUCCGGAGCAUAACGGACUGUGUAGACCACGUCGUGCAGGAAGAACACGAGGCUUCUUGACUAAACAACCCCCAUCGACUCGCCGUCCAGCAAGGAAAAAAGGUCUCCUGACGGUAUUUCCCAGGGAAGACGGAAGCCAUCGGCAAGGAGGACAACCGCUUUCUCCGCGUACUGGCAAAGAUAGCCGAGAUGUAAUGUUUAUGAACGAAGUCUGUUAAGUGAUUAUUAAUUCACAGACAAUGUAGCCGAUAAGCCACAAAGGAAAUCUGGCGGCGAAGCACACAAGAGCAACACGGAGCACCGAUCUGGUAGCCAGGAAUGAUGUCUUUCAAGAUUUAAAUGUCGGCAGACAUUUUACCACAAGGUUUCCAUUUGGUUGUAACUCACAUCGUCAUGGAUUAACCUUGUUUAUCCAUGAAAAGGAUUGUGUUAGAUAACUCCUAGUUUCCGGUCCAUGCAGAGAAUGGCUCAUGGGUGGGAUUCAUAUUUCCAUAACCUCCCAUCUCUAUCAUCUGAUCCCAGGACUUUGACAAGGACAUCAGAGUCAGAAGGAAGUCUUUCCCAGCAUUUGGAGAACUUCAUUGGACAUCAUGACUUCACCGACACAGUGGCUUCAGAUGAAGCCCCUGCUACAAACUCAAACUUCAAUACGACUUAUUACUCAAAUCCCAGUACUGGAAAUUCCAGUUCAGACUGUGUUUAUCAAAGAUACUAUAGGGAGACGCCAUGGCAAGCUGAUGGAGAACAAAUGGAAAAAGAUUACUUGCCAAGUUGUGGAAAUAGCGAUAUUUCAGACUUUGCCACAGAUGGAUUACCGGCAUCAGGAUCUUUUCCCUCAUCUUUUGCAGCAGAUUUACAAGGACUUAAGCAAGACUGUGGAAUGCUAGCUACAUCAUUUCUUGAGGACUACUCAGAUGUCAGUAGCUGCUCGGAUGCAGAUGUUGGUGAAACAAGACCCUCUUGUAAAUUCAUGGCAAGUAAUUCAGUUCCAGAACCUAAAACUGAUGUUAGCACAAAACCCCACUCAUCAGAAUGGCUUUUCAGCCAUACUGGAAAUAUGUUUCCGACUGAGAGUCUGUGCCCUAACAUGUCAGAGACUAAUGUAAUUUUAAGAAGUCCAUCAAAUGUGAAGGCAGGAGAAAACAUAGUUGAAUGUUCACAAGACAAGAUGGAAGGUCCAGAAAAAACUGUCAAAUGUUAUGCAAGACCCGAUCAGUCCUCUACCUCUUCUAACGUGACAGUUACAGGGAGUGAGACUGUACAGGAUAGGAAUAAUAGUGAUGGUUGUCAGGAUCAGAAACAAAAGGAGGAUGUGGAGGGAAAUCUCAUGCAAGGAAAACACUCAGACAUCUCAAUAAGUUGCCAUGAAAACUUGACUGGUGGUGGAAUAAAGGGGUACCCAGAUGGUAGUGAGGAGGAACAGGUCACUGCAACUGCUCCAAAUGUAAUGACUACAUUUAACAAUGAGCAAGAUCACUUAGAUGAAAAAGUCAUAAGAGAGGAAAUGAAGAAAUCGUUCAACCAAGGAAAUGAGGGAUUUGAUCAUCUCAGCUCCACAAAUGAGCAAGAUAGAAUUAUGAGACAGGACAAGAAGGACAAAAUUGAAGCCCUAGAAAAAGAGAGAAAAUUAUCAGCCUCAUUAGAAAAUGAGACUUUUGAUGAGCAGAAUGCCCCAAAUCCACACUCCACUGACACUCGAGGUGAAAAUAUGCAAACUGACUGUAAGGAGAAAGAAAUUAAGUCAAAAACCUCUCAGUCUUCAGAUCCACUGGGUAUCAAGGUGUCACAUUCUAAAAAUGAUACUCAAGAGCUGCGUGAAUGUACAAGUACCUCGAAAAGCAACAGCCAUGAUGUUGAAUCCUGUUUGAAGUUACCUAGGCAUCAGUUUUAUGAAAGCGUAGCUCGAGACGGUAUUUGUAGUAGCCCUGCUGUGAUGAGUGAUGGUCAUUUGAGCGAUGCUAGUGACAAGAAAGUGAAAGGUGUUGCUAGUCAUGGAGAAUCUUGCUUACAGUUACUUAGCUCAAACACAGACAUAAAUCCCUCACUAGAAAAAGAUCGGACAGGUUCUGUUGAUACUAGUGACAAGAACAAGCAAAGUGUUGCUGAUCAUCUAGAAUUCACCUUACAACCAGACAGCUCAAGCGCAGGCAUAAAUGCAUGUCUAGAAGAGGAAUUGACAGAUCCAGUGGAAAGGACAAGUACAGCCGCCUCCACAGAUCCAGAAUGUCGUGGCCCUGAUGUGACUAGUGACAAUAACGAGCAAAGUUUUUCUAGUCAUGUAGAAUCCCACUCACAGCCAUAUAGCUCACGCACAGAUAGAAGAAAGAAAAUGACAAGUCCAACACAGAAGAAAACUACAACCUCUUCUACAGAUCCAAACAGUAGUGGUCCUGGUGUCACUUGUGGCUGUCUUUCUACUGACACUAGUGUUGCUAGUCAUCCAAAAUCCCGCUUACAGCAAGAUAGCUCUACCACAAACAUACAUUCUUAUGUAGAAAAAGAAUGGACAAGUCCAGCAGGGAGGACAAAUACAACCUCUCCUACAGUUCCAGAAUGUAGGAGCUCUGCUCUUACUAGUGACAGUAAUGAGCAAAGUGUUUGUUAUAGUUUAGAAUCUUGCUUACAGUCAAAGGCCUCAACGGCAGAUUUAAAUCCCUAUCUAAAAAAGGAAUGGAAGAGUCCAGCAGAGAAUACCAAUGCAACCUCUUCUCCAGUUAAACAACAGUCACCAGAUCAAAGUCCAGUUGCCCUAGAACCACAAAGUCUUGGUGGAAAUGCUGAUGAAAAUGCAAGACAGUCAUUUGAAGAGCUUGACACAUCUGCAGAGGAACAGUCGGUGCUUGGCAUGCUGUAUGGUGAACCUCUGUCAAGAGAAAACUCUUCGUGUGACACAGAUGAAACAAAACCUGGCACAAGAAAAUAUAAAGAAACGUCUUUGGCCAAACCUGACAGGAACAGCGUGGACCAUUCAGACAGUCAAACACCUCAACUAAAAUCUUCUGGACAAAUGAGAAAACAUCUGCAGCCUGUUGUAAUACUGAAGACCUUAGAGUCAGUAAAUGGAAUGAGUAACUCAUAUCAUUGCAGAGACUGCCGACACACAACCCACAAUGUAGAUAAUCUGAUUGAACACCACCAUUGUUGCCAUUCAGUGCACAAUUUUCAGUUUUGCAAGACUUGUAAUCUCUAUCUGAUGACGAAUGAGCGAGCAGAAAAACAUUUGUGUGGUGUCACCAAAGAAAACCCUCAGCAUUCUUCUGAACCUAGCUUACAGAAGAGAAGAAAACGCCAUGGCCGCCACAGGUGCAUAAGGUGCAGGCUCAUAUUUUCAAAACUAGUUCAAUAUAUCAGGCAUAUGCGGUCUCACACAGGCAAAACACCUUAUAAAUGUAAUGAAUGUGGAUUAUAUUUUGCACAGGCUUGUACCCUGCAAAGACAUAAGCGUAUACCUGGUAGAUGCAAGCAGGCAAAACUUCCAGUUACAAAUUCUGAUGUUGUUACCAGCGAAACUAAAACACCACCACAAAAGGACUUGGUAAAGAUCAAAACUUGUGCAAAUCUGCCCGAAUGUUAUGUAAAGCUUGUUGACAUCUCCAAGACUAAUCUGUGUAGUUUAUGUGGUAAAAGCUUCUCAACUGCAGAGAAGGCCAAAAAGCACUUCUGCAGCUUACACAAGGAAAAGAGUUUGGCAGUUCCAUCAAAUCAGCGUAGCACAAAACUCAGUGGUGAGAGAACUCAAAAAGUAGAGUGUGAGACAAGAGGAAAAUAUAAAUGUCCUCUUUGUCCACGGCUUUUCAAGUACUCCUACAACAGAGCUCGGCAUUUGCGUGACUGUGUCAGAGAUUCAGUAUGUGGUGGCAAGGAGAAAGUUGGCGGCAAAUAUCGGUGUCCCUUGUGCCACGCAACCUUUACUUUACCAUCCAACCGAUAUAGACAUAUUAAGGCAUUGUGCCUCAGAGAAUGUCUAAAUCAGCUUGCAAAAGAGAAGGCAAAAUUGAAGCAAAAGGUUGAACAAAAAAAAACAAAGGAAAUUGAGCAGAAAACACAGUCAAAGGAAAAUGAAGAAAAAACACAGUUAAAGGAAAAUGAACAGAAAAAACAAGCACCUCCAGCUAUAACAGCCCCCAAGACUGUUCCACGUUACAAAUGCAAUCUUUGUCCAGCAGUUUUCUGUCAUGCUUCUGGAAAAUACAGACAUAUGAAGAAACAUGAGUUGUUUAAACUCACUGGCAAAAUGUUCAGGUACAGGAAUUCAGUGUUCUCUACCAUGUCUAAACCAGCAACUUCAAGUAGUACAAAGACUGAAGAGAGAAAGGAGAAUUUAAAAUCAACUGAAGCAAAUAGCAGUCUUGCCCUGAGCUGUCAUUUUUGUGGAAAAUUUUUUAGCACAUCACAGUCACUGAAGAAACACGAGCGCAAUCACAGAGGUGAAAGACCGUACCGCUGUCUGGAAUGUGGAAAAGGAUUCAAAAAACGUGCCCAUCUGAUUGGUCAUAAAAUUGUUCACCAGAGGAGGAUACAGUGCACAGUCUGCCGAAAGAUUCUUCCAACUAUUGGAGAACUGAUCCAACACAGAAGCUCUCAUCUUAAAAGGGGAAAGCUUCAAUGCCCAGACUGUCAUCUACAGUUCCAGUAUCCUGCAUAUCUCCUUAGGCAUCUAGAUGCCCACAAACAUAGAGAAAACAAGGCACCUCAGCUUGAAGGGAGACCACCAUUAAAACCACAGCACUACUUGGAAUCUGUGAAAGAGCAGAGUGGACCGAAACAGCUACAGUGUUCCUUAUGCAAAGAGUUUUUUGAUGAUGCUCAAGUACUUAGAAAACAUUGUCUUACACACAUAUCUGGGUCCUCAUCAAACCAAUGUCCAUUUUGCAAACAUAGUUUCUCUAAUCGCCGCUAUUUGCUGCGCCACAUGAUCAAACAUACUGGAGACAAACCCUUCUCCUGCACAAACUGUGGAAAACAGUUUUACCGUGACUUGUACCUUAAACUGCACAGUGAGAGGUGUGUGCCUGCUCAAACCAGAUAUCUUGUCACAAUGGAGACCAACACUAAGACAAAGAGACCAUAUCAGUGUUCAUUUUGUCCACGGGCAUUUUCUAAGAAAAUCCGCUUGAAAGGUCAUCACCGAGGACACAAGACAAACUCGCUACUUCUAUGCUCAAGAUGUGACCAGUACUUUGGAUUUAGAAAAUUAAAUCAACAUCAGAGGAACUGCGGGGGGACUACAGAGCUCAACACUGGCUCUCCUAAUGGCGAUUUCAGUAAGAGCAUCCCUCAGACGAACCAGAAUGUCCAUAAAAUGCCUUUACAGUCCAAUGCUACCAAGAUGCUUCAGUUUAAAUGCCCUCACUGUACACAGAGGUUCAGGUACAGAUCAUUACUCUUGAGACAUCUUGUUUCACAUACUGGUGUGCAACCGUAUGCAUGUAUGCACUGUGGCCACAGAUAUCGAAGUCAGACAAUGUGCUUGCAACAUGAAGCUUUCUGUAAUGGAGUUUACAAAGAGGGGCCAUCAAAAGUCAUAAGUGAUGCUGCACCAAACUUGUUAAGCAUGCCAACUCUGAGAGAGGCAACACAGAAGCAAGCAGAAGGUGAAGCCGAGUACAAGUGCAAAUUUUGCACAAAGACUUUCGUGAAAUCACGAAACCUGAGACGUCACAUUUUAACACAUAAUGAAGUGAAGCCUUAUCGCUGUAAAGCCUGUGACAGCUGCUUUUCAAGGUAUGAUCAUCUGAAAGUACAUCAGACCCGCUGUAAAGGGAAAAGACCACGACUGGAAGUCUGUAUUCCCAAAAUCAGUUUAGAUGACGUUGGCAAGGGUUGGCAAAAUAAGUAUGGCAUUGAGCCUGUCAAAAAGCAGGAGACAUUUGAGUGUGAUGUCUGUUCGAGAAGCUUCUCGACUCAGUCUAAACUUUCCCGACAUGUCACUAUGUUCCAUGUUACAAAAUUAUUCAAGUGCACACGCUGUGGCUCGUCAUUCGCUCAUGAAAAAUCUCUGAAGAAGCACAGGAAGAUGAACAAGUGCAGAAAGGUCUCCAAUGAUACAAGUGCUUCUAUACCUCUGGGAACUAAUCCACCAACAGAAAAUGUGACAGAACCACUUCAUGGGGUGAGAAGUCGAAUUCUACAGAGGAUCAAGCCUUCUUUUAGCAAAAAGUACAAAUAUGUAUGUAGUUAUUGUCCCCGUGCUUUUGGAAACCGCUGGCAAUUAGGCGUGCACACCCGCCUGCACACGGGAGAGAAGCCAUUUGCCUGUGAUUAUUGUGGUCAGAGAUUUAUAAGGAAGGAUUAUGUGCAGCGUCAUUACGCAAAGUGCACCAAGAAACAGCAGCAAAGUAAAGUGCUCUGUGACCGAUGUGGAGGAUUUUUCUCUAAGGUCAAGCUUGAAAAUCACAAAAAAAUUUGCACUUCAACUCCAAGCUUAUCAAAGUCAACAGUUUGCCAAAGUCAACAGUCACCCUCUCAAAGCCCACCAAAAGGCUUUUCUUGUGCAUACUGUAGUUCUCAUUUUUUGCUAUUUUCACAGCUCCAAGAGCAUUUUUUAAAUGCACACAAGCUGGAAACAGUGGUUCCACCCGUGUCUACUGCACCCCUACAACAACACCUGUCAAAUAUACCAAACAUCAAAGAGGAGCCUUUGGAUGAGAUUUGUGACGAACGGCUUAGUGAUGGUGCUAAUUUAAUAUGUAAAUUAGAUACAGCUCUUAAUAGUGAUGUACCAAAACAGUUUCUCUGCCCAGAGUGCAACAUUUCCUUUGCAAGUAAAGCUGGACUAACUGGUCAUCAACGUGUACACUCAAUGGAGCACCCUUUUAACUGUAAAACAUGCAAGAAAGGCUUCUGGAAUAAGAGUCUUCUCCGUAAUCACUACAGGAAAUGCAGAUUUGGACGCAUUUCAGAGAGGAAUACAACCCAACAGUUGGAAGUCCCCUUGAAAGCAGAGAUUGACUUUGCGCUGAAUGACUCUGUUCUAGUGUUCAAAGAAGGCUCUACAGCAACUGGCACUGGGGUUUUGCAGACCAACUUUUCCUGCAAAGAUGAUUUAAUGGAAGAAUCCCCACAAGAUUCAGAGGGAAAUCAGGUGCAAAGCAGCUCAAGUCAAGAGAAGAAAGCUGUGCAGUACCAAUGUUCAGAAUGUGAUAAGAGCUUCACAGAUGGCUUAUUGCUCAUUAGUCACCUUGAAGACCAUGGAAGACAGGAACAAGAGAAAAAGCGCAAUACAUGUACUAAGUGUGGACGAGUGUGCACUAGUCAAGGAAAUCUUGAAAAACACAUGAGGAUGCAUGGAAUUAACCAGAAAUACCCUUGUCCUGAUUGCUCCAAGAUUUUUUACACCUUAUCUGAUCUUGAAAUCCAUAGAACAUGUCAUGACUCAAAUAGACCUUAUGUUUGCAAACUGUGUAAUCAGAGGUUUUGGACAAGACCGUCUUUAUGCAAUCAUUACAGUGAAGACCAUCCAGAUGAUGUAUUUACCUGUCGUUUCUGUAACAAGACCUAUUCAGUCAAAAAAUCACUAACAAGACACUAUAAAAAGUGGCAUCAAAAAGAGCAGAAGGACCUCACGAGUACUUUACAGGAAAAGAGCAGCACUGAACAACAAUCCAGUAGUCAAGUUAGUACAACUGGGGAAAGUGAUGAGGAUGAAAAUAACGGCAGUGAGGACAGUGACUCAGACUCUGCACCAUACUUCCCGUGCCAUGUAUGCGGCAAGACAUUCCCAACAUCAGAAAGUCUUGAGGAUCAUCAACGGUGUCAUCUGGGCGAAAAACCACACGAAUGUGAAGAAUGUGGUAGAUGUUUUUUCCAGGCUUCCCAGCUGCAGCAGCAUCAACGAAUGCACAAGUCUGAAUUUCAGUGUCAGGCAUGCGGCAGGGGUUUUGUUUCUCUCUUUGCACUGCGUAAACAUAAGCAUACUCAUGGCAAGAGCCGUCCAUAUCGUUGCUCUAAGUGUCACUUCAGUUUCACAGGACCCUCACAGUUAGCAGAACACAUGACUACCCACCGUGAAGAGAACUUCCCAUGUGAUAUAUGCAAUCGUGUGUUUCUCUCCAAGAGUAGUAGAGCUGAGCAUCGGAAAAGCCACUCCAAAUUAGGUGACCAUCCCCCGCCUUCAGUUUUGAGGGUAGAGCAGGAAAAGCCUCCUUCACCUUCUGAAAGCUCAUCAGUAUUCACCAAAGAACUUAAAUAUCGCUGUGGUGUUUGUAAUGAGCGUUUCAGAGACCCAGAGGAGCUCUCAGAGCACGGUUGCAUGGCAGCCAAAGAGCGACCAUACUCAUGUUCAGACUGUGAUAAACAUUUUCUGCAUGCAUCUCACCUGAAAACACAUAAGACCACCCAUCAACUAUCAUGGUCAAGUAGUGAAUAUCCAUGUAAUCACUGCAACAGUAGUUUUUCCUCCUCUGAGCACUUUCUCAGCCAUCUUAAGACCCAUGUUGAUACUGCAGCAGAAAUUAAAUGUAAAACUGAAGGUAAAGAUAGAGGACCUUCACACCGCUUCAUAUGUCCAGUUUGCCAUCAGUGUUUUGCCAGUGCCACUGAAUUAAUUGGUCAUUUUCCCACACAUCCUGAUAGUACAUUUGAAUGCAGAAUUUGCAAAAUGACAUUUCCCUCUGAACACAAGCUUGAAGAACAUGGGCGCCGUCACCUGACAUCGGCUACUGAAUUUGAAUGCACAGAUUGUGGCCAGAACUUUUUGGGAAGCGAUGCUUUCCGCAAGCACCACUGUUCCCGUCAACCGAAUGCAAUAAUGGACUCCAAAUACUCAAAUCCAUCAGCUAAGGCAUCCCCUCCUGCCUAUUAUAAAGCAGCAGGAGACGAGGAGGAGAUUGAUGUUACUGGAGAGGACUUGUACAAUUGCCCUCGUUGCUCAAUGCAGUUCUCCUCCAAAAGUGGUCUCUUGGAGCAUCAAAAUAAACACCACCUAAAUGAGAAGCCAUUCAAAUGUGAGAUUUGUGGGAAAACUUUUGCAGUGCGGCGGUACCUUAAAGAGCAUGAGCGAAGGCAUCGCUUAAAAUUGGCUGCUCAAAACACAGCUCAGUCAGCCGAAAAGAAGUUGAAAUGUAACCAUUGCCACACCGAAUUCAAUACAGCACAAGAUCUGUCUUUGCAUAUGAGACUGCACGCUGAAAAAGAAGUCGGAGAGUACCGUUGUGAUAUGUGCUACAAGUCAUUCAGCCACUGGUCUCUUCUUAAGCAGCACCAAGAAAGUCAUGUUGGUGAAGUUGUAUAUGAAUGCACAGAAUGUGACAAAGCCUUUGCUUUUCCUCACCUACUAGAGGAACAUCAACAAACUCAUGCUGGUUCCUCUCAGUUAUGAUUGUUAGAUACCAUCUACCUUAUCUUCCCUUUGAAUAACUGUAACUAAAGUAACUUGAAAUCCCUUUCAUGCCUUACAUCGGACUGUACCUCCACUUGCAAUCACAAAAUAGAUCCAAUUUGUAUUUUUGGCCCUAGUUACAUACUUAGAAAGCUCUUGACUCAUGUCACUAUGACAGAGCAUCUUCUCCUGAGUCUAUUGACAUUGUAUAUAUAUUUUUAGUUCUAAUAUUGGGAUUUUGUAUACAAAAGAUUUGCCACAUAGUUUCUUGAAAGUGUUUGUAAAUCUAUGAAGAAGCUGUGUAAAGCUGUUUAAUAUUCUGUGAUUAAUACAAACAAAGCAUGAUGGGAUAAGAUGUUUAUAAAAUGUCUUGGAUAAAGGCUGAAAUUUCUGAUCAAAUAUGAUCAUUUUUGAUGUUUGACAUUUAUUUUAAAAUAGUUUUAGUCCGUUUUGUUGCCAAUGUGUAAAAUAGACUUAAAACUAGUCAUUUUAAUCCGGUAUUUUCUAUGGUAUGACUAUUCAUGUACUAUAGAUAAUUUUGUAAUUUUCAGUUUAUCAUUUCCCUGUGUUUAUCAUGGGUUGCAUUUUUUUGAUAUUGAUAAGUAUCUUGUACAGACACUCAAAAGAUGAGUAAUUGAAUGUCCUUUUCACAACCCGAGGAUGUUACUUUUCUUAAGAAAUUUGAGUUGAUGCAUUCAAUUAAGAAGUAAAGUCAACAAGAAAAUCAAUUUUUGGUGCUUGUUUACAUUUCUGUGUCCUGUGGGGAGGCUAACAGAAGGGACCCCAAGAAAUAUUGGCUUUUUAUGAAAAGCCUCACAUUGCUAAACCAAAAAAGUUGAUGUAAGAAGCUCCGCUAACCAAAAUCAGAGGUGAUAUUAUUGGUCUAACUGAAGCAUCAUGUUAAAUCACAGACCUGAAGAAGUAGAAAUAAUACAAGCACCUGCAACAUCAACACCAAAAGAACACAACACUUA